AAGUACAAAAACUCUAGAAAAAAAAAAAAAAAAAAAGCCUUAAAAAAUGAAAAAAGAAUAUUUAAAAUAGUAUAAAAAUGAAAACUAAGCUCACUCCCUUCCCUCUUCCCCUCAAAGGAAAGCAAAGCACCAUCUCUCUCUCUCUCUCUCUCUCUCUCUCUCUCUCUCUCUAGAGUGAGUGUGUUUGUUUGGCCUUGUUUAUCAACCAAAUCUAGAGCAACCCAUUUCGUUGUUCUUCCAUUUUAAGGAAAAUUUCAUACGUCCCUUAUUCUAUUUUCACCAUAAAGUUCAAUGCUUUUGUGGCUACUCUUAAUUCCCAUUCAUUCCUAAUUUCAUCACCACCCAAUACCCAUAACUUCUUAUUCUUUUUCUUUCUUAGUUUUUUCAUAUAUAUUUACAACAAAACUUGCUCAAUCACUUCAUACCCUUUUCCAUACUCACACUACUGAAACAACAAGGUUUUGUAUGAUUUUCUUUUGCAAAGGAAAAAAUUUGUAGGUACAGAAUCUUCUUAUAUCAGGGCCUUUACUUAUGAUUCUAUAAUGGCUGAUGAAACAUCAUGGAUCAGCCACUAUGAUGAUGACACAAGAAAGGAGACUCAGGACAUUGAUUCAUUAUCUGAACCGGGCGAGGAAGUUGAUAAAGAUGGGACUGUUAUUUCGCUUGAUAUAAUGACUGACGAUUUAUUGGACCGUAUCCUAGCGUAUCUCCCGGUUGAAAGCAUUUUCAGAGCAAGCAGUGUGAGUAAAAGAUGGUUUUCAAUUGUUACUUCUGAAAGCUUUUCAUGGAACCCUUCCAAUUCGCCACCACAGAAGCCUUGGUACUUUAUGUUUACCAGCUCCGAUGAACCAACUGGUUGUGCUUAUGAUCCGAACCUUCGGAAAUGGUAUUGCAUUGAACUUCCCUUUAUUGGAACUUCUAAUUGGAUCAUUUCUUCAUCGUAUGGCUUAGUUUGCUUCAUGGACAGCAGUCGCGUAUUAUACAUGUGCAAUCCAAUUACCAAAAGAUGUAAGAAGCUUCAAGAGCCUUAUGGGUUGAGAUUUUCCGAUUAUGGUGCAUUAGCAAUGUCUGUAGACAAGGAAUCCCACAGUUAUAUCUUGGCAAUUGUGAAAUCAAAGCAAGUUCCUGAAAACUUUUCCCAAUGGGAUAUCUCGAUUCAUGUUUACAAAUCAGAGGAGGAAACCUGGGCAACGCCGCUAACUGAGGUUUUGAUCGGGUGGAGAGGUGGAGAGGAGAGUGUGAUAUGCAAUGGUGUGCUGUAUUUUCUAGUUUACUUCACUGGUGGUGUUCCUUCAGAAAGCCGUCACGCGUUAGUCGCAUAUAAUGUUUCUGGCCGUGCUUCUCAAGCUAGCUUGAGAAGGAGCUUUAUUUCUGUACCUUGUUCUCUAACAUGCGGCCGUCUAAUGAAUAUGAAGGAGAAGCUUGUAAUGGUGGGAGGAAUUGGCAAACACGAUCGACCAGACAUAAUCAAAGGAAUUGGUAUAUGGGUUCUUCACGAUAGGAAGUGGGAAGAGAUUGUCCGAAUGCCGCACAAAUACUUCCAAGGCUUUGGAGAAUUUGACGAGGUUUUCGCUAGCAGCGGAAAAGAUGAUCUAAUCUAUAUUCAAAGUUAUGGAUCUCCUGCACUUCUCACAUUUGACAUGAAGGUUAAACAAUGGAAAUGGUCACAGAAAUGUCCGGUAACAAAAAGGUUCCCUCUACAGCUUUUCUCUGGUUUUUGCUUUGAGCCUAGGCUUAAAAUUGCUCCAUAGUUUGUGAUUCAUAGAAAUCAACCCUAUUGACGAUUGUGCCAUGUUUUUUUCUAUUUUUAAUCCAUUGUUCUUAAGCUGAAAUUUAAUAUUAUUUCUCUGUUAUAUGUUUCAACAGUUUAUACAAAAUGUACUUGCUGAUAAAUUAUGGUUAUUCAUGGAUUCUGAAAUAUUAGUAUGACAUUUGAAA